AUGUCGAACUUCAUGCACAAAGUCAAGGAUGCUGUGUCUGAUCAUCGUGACAGGGAUAAUCCUCAGACAAUGAACCCUGGUCCGAACCAGUACAACUCAUCUGGAAUGGGUAAUUCUUCUAGCAUGGGCCCUUCUUCCGGCAUGGGCUCUAACACUUAUGGCACUGGCCCUGGCUAUGGAAAUGAGGCUGGUACUGGUACUCAUCGCGAUCCCAACGUCGACGAUACUAGGAACGCAGGUGAUUCAACAAAUGCUGGCCCUCAUGAUUCAAAAACGGCCAACAAGAUGGAUCCUCGCGUCGAUAGUGAUCUAGAUAACCGCCGCAAUUACCCUGGAACCGCCGGCACCCAAAAUACCGGCGGCGGCGCUCGUGACUCCGAUCCCAGCAGCACAGGCUCCACUGGGCAGUCCCGCGGUAUGGACAAUCAUAUGACUAGCGAGGACAACUAUAGCAGCUCGAAGCAGGAAAACAAAUCCCACACCCAGCCUGUUACCUCCGGCAAUCAAAUGACUAGCGAGGACCGCUACAGCAACGACACGCAGGAACACAAAACCCAUUCCACCACUACCCACACCGAGCCCUGCGAUAUGCAGCCGCGUGGCGAGACUGGCCCUGACAGCCGUAUGGGUCAGCAAAAUUUGGGUCAGCAAAAUUUCGGUGGCGGUGCUACUGGUGGCAGUAGCUACAACGACAACAGCUCAGGUGCUAGAGGGUCGCCAGGUCCUCAGAAUUUCGAGCAGAUGAACAAACUUGACCCUAGAGCUCAAGGCUCGAAUUAUGAACAAAACGCUGUCGGCGACCAGCGGGGCGGAUACUAA